AUGGGGCUGCGUCCACAGUGUGUGGUUGAACCGCGUAUUAGCUCGGAGGCCUGCAUUCACCAGUAUAGAGCCAGGGUCUUUGUGUCAGAUCCACCAUGUGUGGUAACCACCCUUGCGUGGUCGCCAAAAACGUACUGCGAUUCGAUUCGAAGGAAGCAUGAGGAUCGAGAUACUACCAGGUUGCCUAAACCUAGACAGGAGCAGUCGAGAUGCAUAGAUCGGGUUCGAACCACAGUCCUUUCGGUCGAAGUCCCGUUGAUCAGUAAACAGAACGUAAAGCUGUUUCAAGUGCUCGCAGAGUACCUUCGAUUAUUCGCUUCAUGUUAUCAGACUUUUGCUACUUGUGGACAAGUUCGACAACUCCAGGAGAACCGGAAAGAGAGGUGUUCGAAGUCGCAGAGCGUGCUACAUAUAUUGGCUGAUGUACUAGUUCCGAGUGUGCGCGUAUCCCCAAGGCUGGGGUCGCAUUCGCUAAUUCGAGACACAUUUGAAGACAAAAGAGCAUGUCUGUGA